GGCCGCGUUUUCUUCAGUCUAAGUUUUAUUUUUAUUAUUAUUAUUAUUCAGUACAAUGUCUACUGGGUGCCAAUAAUUGCCACUAAUAAUUAUACUUUGAAUUAAUAAAUGUCUGUAUUUUUUAUUAUUCAAAAUGUGGAUCACUAUAACCCCGAGGUUAAAAAAAGGAUUAGAAAUACUGGCGCAACUGGACAAUGUUAAAUUUCGCCAACUAGUAAAUCAUAUUUGCCAAGGAUUGUACACCGGAAAUGAUAAAAUAUUUAGCGAAGAUGAAGAAGAUAAAUUAAUAAUGUCACUUAAUUUAAAGAAGGAUAAUUUAAGUUUGCUACUGGAUACCAUUACAUUUAUUUACUCACAAGCUGCAUUCAGUAUUAUUGAACCAGCGCAGAUGGAAAGUUCUAUGAAUGAUAAAUUUUCAUUAUCAGAAGAUAAAAUAUCGAUAUUCGUUAAUGCCUGGACCACUUAUUCUAAACAAAUAAUUGAUACAUUACGUCGUAAAUCUGUUUUUCCUAAUCGAGUUGAAGACAUAAAUUGGAGUUUUAAUAUCCAAGCAUCGUCACCAGCACACGCUGCUGACAAUAAACCGGUACUUUUAUUGCAAUUAAAUAUGACUGGUGAAUCUAAACCACUUACUGUUGAAAUGGACAAGUCAAGUUUGUCGGAUUUAUAUGAAAAUUUAGAAAAAAUUCAAAGCCAACUCGACGCGCUUAAAUAAAUCGUGCAUUUCCACCACCACGUCACGAGCAGUAGAAAUAGUCUUGAACCAUUAAAAGAGUGGGAACGAAUGAUAAUCAUUUAUUUAAAGAUUUAUCAUUGAUACCUGGUUCAAGGAGACUAAGCUUUGCUGGUGGUGCGUUCAUAUAAUUGUCCAUUCCGUGAAGCUUUACACCGCAGGUCCACAGGCCCUGUUGUUCAGCCAACGCGUGGCUUAAUCUGACACUGCAGUCUCUGCCAGCUGGACUAACUGGUGUAAAUUGUUUUACAACGACUGUUGUAUUUGAAUUAACUGGCGUCAAUGACCAUCUGCAUUGUUCGACUGAGGAUGACGUAACGCACCGUAAAUAAACACUGCUGCCCGACGAUAUCUGUAUGUCUUGCAACAGCUCCGAAAAUUCAACUUUCUCUUUAAAUUAAAAUUUAUAAUUAUUUUAUGAAUUAUUUAUUUUGUAUCGCGUUACUAGUUACAAAAGGACUCCCUGUCAAAAAAAUCCACAGAACCCAUAGGAAGCCAUAGAAGGAACUGCGGAAUUAUGUAAGAAUCCAUAGGAAUUAAUAUAGGAGUGUAUGGACUUAUAUAAAAAUCCAUAAGUAUCUGGAUUUUUAGAUGGGAAAUCCUUAUAAGAAACUGUGGAUUUUUACCUCGAUUUCCCAUGAGAAUCUACACCAUGUAAAAUUGGGAAUCCAGGAACCCACAGUUUCUUGUGUGGAUUUUCCAUAUGAAAAUUCAGAUACAUGGUGGAUACUCUCAUGGGAAAUCCAAGUAAAAAUCCACAUGGGAACCCAUAGGAAUCCAUACAAGAAAGUAUGGAUUUAUGUAAGAAUCCAUAGGAAUUAAUAGAGGAGUGUAUGGAUUUAUAUAAGAACCCAUGUAGGAAAUCAUGGGCUGGAUUCCCAUAUGGAAAAUCCACAUAAGAAACUGUGGAUUUUUACCUCGAUUUCCCAUGAGAAUCUACACCAUGUCAAAAUGGGAAUCCAGGUACCCACAGUGUCUUGUGUGGAUUUUUCAUUUGGGAAUUCAAAUUCAUGGUGGAUAUUCUCAUGGGAAAUUGAAGUAAAUAUCCACAUGGGAUUCCAUAUGAUUCCCAUAUGGGUUUGGCAUUGUGUGGGUUCUCAUAGGAACCAUGUGAGAGACUAUAUCGGGAUUUAUGCUGGAUUCCUACAGGAAACCAUAAGGGAAUCCGAAAACGUCAUGUGGGAACUUAGGAAUCUAGGCAGGAUUCUCAUAUGGAUUUUUUUGAUAGGGACAUAUUCUUAUACACUCUUUUGGCUUUAUGUAAAACCAAAAGGGCGUAUAAUUUUUUUUGAAUUGCUAAUCAGUUCGUAAAUUUAUUCUAAAGCUGAAAAUUAAAAAAAAAAUCUUUAGCUAGAAAAUAAAUCUACAAAAUGAUUGGCAAUGAAAAAAAAUUAGGCCCUUUCGGAAUUAGUAACGUGAAUAUUUGAUUAUAAUUCAUUAAUUACCUUUAUUGUAAACAAUUAUUUUAGCAAAAGGUGAAGUUAUUAUAACAUUAUUAUUCGACGUUGCUUGACAAGCCCAGUAGCCCUGAUCUUCAGUACUUAUUUCCGGAAUAUUUAGACUACAAUUAUUUCCUAAACUACCGUAACUUGGAAAUGUAUCUUUAGCAACAACUUCCAAGUCAUUUGACAGCGACUUCCAUAGCCAUGUACAUUUUUCUAAACGGCUAUUCGCUGUACACUUGAGUAGUUGAUGACUUGAUACCAACACCGAUUCAUUUUGCGGUGAUUCGGUGAAAUUUAUUUUUGCUUUAACGUAAAAAAAUUUAAUAUUCAGGUCAUUUACCUCAAUAACUUUUUUUUUGUGUCAAUAAAAAGUAAAAAAUAAAAGAGGAAAAAUAGUUUGCAUAUUUACCUGAAGGUAAAAGUGUAAGUUUAGCGGGAGCAGCCUCAUGAAGCCGGCCAGAGGAUGUUAAUCUUACGCCACAAGUCCAAAGACCCUCCUCUUCAUACAAUACGUUUUUAAAUCUGACUGAACAGUCAUGCUUGUUAUCGUCAUUUGGCACAAAAUUUUUUAUGACCAUGGGCUCUUUACUGGAAUUGAGGGGUUUCCAAGACCACUCGCAUUGUACGACCGGUUUGUUCACCAGGCAUCUGAGCAGGGCAGAUUC